AUGAGAGUAAAUCGGCCGGUAGGAAUAUCCCCGGUAGCAUCAUGGGAGGCCUUCGUCCAAAAUGGUUAUCACCUGCAUCUCAACCGCUGUCAGCCAGAUCCCGGACUUGAUAUGACGAGAGAGGCGAUUGAAGACUCCACCAUCCAAUUUGGGGGCCAGGUAAAUAAAACAGAAAAGUCACCCCACCGAGGUUUGAUUACGUGUAAUCAUGUAAUAGACAAUGUCACUUGGCAAAAUCCUCCUGCGACCGCAGCUGCACUGGGAGGCCUUUGUGGGAGGUUCAAAGGUAGGACGGAAAUUCAGGGAUGA